ACACUCCUGCAUAAUUAGUUGUAUAAAAGGUCGAGUUUGAUAAUGAGAUUUCACAGAACACAGUUUAGGCAGAAUGUGGUACAAGGCGGUCUUCGUUGCUAUAUGCGUGUGUAUGUCGCAAGCAGGGAAGCCCCUUCCCCCAUACAUUAAGCCCUGUUCAAGAUUUGACCCUAAUAUCAAUCAGUGCGCCUUGGAACAUGGAAAGGAAGCCAUUCCUCAUCUAGUAAAAGGUGACCCGGCGUACAAAAUUCCCCCUUUAGACCCGUUCGAUAUUAAGGAAGUAAAGAUCAUUGACGAUGGACCAAGUGCAGCCAGCAUCUCCGUUACCCUAACAGACUCCAAGAUAUACGGCAUCAGGAAUAUACGCAUGGAGAAAGCAGAGAUUAAUUUAGACCAGCAGCACCAUCGCUUUGAGUUGUCAGUUCCUCUGGUGCAGAUCAUCGGGCAGUACGAGAUGUCAGGUCGCAUCCUGCUGCUACCCAUCGCUGGGAAGGGAAACAUCAACUUGACACUGGAUCAUGUCUACGUCGUGUACAAUCAAUACUGGAAGUUAGCUGCAAGGGAUGGCGAAACAUAUAUGAAGAGGCACAAUACAACAGCCACAGCAACACCAGAAAACGUGCAUAUUCAUAUUACCAACCUAUUCAAUGGUAACAAAUUGCUCGGUGACCAAAUGAACAUCUUUUUGAACGAGAAUUGGAAGGAUGCAUUCAAGGAACUUUCUCCUACAAUCUUCAGAGCUUUCUCAGAGGUGAUCAACUCCUUAGUACAUGCAUUAAUGGCAGUGAUACCUUUUGACAAUAUAUACCCAGAAAAAGUACCUUCAUGAGUCUCUGUGAGAACCACAGAUACUGAAAACAAUUCUGUAAAUCAAGUCAUUUAUUUUCAGAGCUCAAAUGUUCAAUAUGUGGAUGUGAUUCAAACUCCCAUUAACAAACAGUAUAUACUACAAGACAAUUAUUGGCAUGUUCACAACAAAAAGUUGCAAAUAUGUACAAACAGCUUUGCCAUGUUUGUGCUUCAGGUUCAUCUACAUGCACCAACUCAAGUACCACUGCACACACUCUUGUCAAAAAUGACACUGGGGAGUUUCAAUAAGGUUUAUCAGUACAUUCCAAUUUUGUCCAAAAUUGGACAACAGUAACAGA